AUGACAUUGAUUUCGACACACCUUCCGGGCAUAUAUUUCGAUGACAACACGAGAAAGAUAGAUUAUAUCCUCGUUUACAAGGAACCCCAAGCCUAUGUUGACGACGAAAUAAAGAAAGAACAUAAAAGGUUGAUUUUCGAGAAAAAUUUGAUCGACGAGGGCUUGCAAUUCGAGAAAACCGAUCCUAAGGAAAAUACUCAAGGAAUAGUUUAUGUCAAAAUUCACGCGCCAUUCGAAGUCCUUUGCAAGUAUGCCCAACUCAUGAACAUCAAGAUGCCUAUCAAAGAAGAUAAAUUUUUAGUUCAAGUUAACAAAUUCUGGACGUUUCUCUAUAACCCAUUCGCUUUGCCAGAAAAAUACAAACCCAAAGAAAGACAUUAUUUUACCUGCGUUUUUAAUCAGAACUACAUAAACAAAUUUUUAAUCGAAGAUAGGGACACCUUUUUCGACAAUGCUAAGAGGAGUAGGAUUGUUCACGAAAUGUUAUCACGUUGCAAAUACGACAUGCAAGCCAGAAAAUUUGGCUUAGAUAGAUUAAUAUCCAGUGGUACAUACAUUGCUUCCUUUCCCUUGCACGAUGGCCCCUUUUUGGAAAACCACUCGGAUAGUAAAGAUGAUGAGUCUACCAAUAAUGAUGAUCUUCCUAAAAAACCCAACGAUAGACAGAUAUUGUACAAAAUUUGGACAAAGCCCAAAAUGUUUUACAAAGAACAGCCCAUCGGAUUGAUAAGAAAAUACUUUGGCGAAAAAAUAGCCAUAUAUUUUGCCUGGCUCGGAUUUUACACCAAGAUGCUCGUACCUGCUGCAUUAUUCGGGUUCUUGUGCUUCUUUUACGGACUUUUGACGAUAGAUAAUUUUGUUCCCAUUAAAGAAAUCUGCGACAAAAAUGGAAUUGGUAAUUUAACCAUGUGCCCAUUGUGCGAUGCGUGCACUUUUUGGAAACUUUACGACUCUUGCCUAUAUUCCAAACUUACGUAUUUGUUCGAUAAUCCAGCAACUAUCGCCUUUGCAGUCUUCAUGUCUUUUUGGUCCACAUUUUUCCUUGAGCUAUGGAAACGUAAGCAAAACGAAUUAUCCUGGGACUGGGAUACGAAGGAUUUUGAGGAGGAGGAAAUAGUGCGACCGGAAUAUGAGAAUCAAGUUAAAACGCUGAGGAAAAAUCCCAUCACAAAUAUGUUGGAGCCAUAUCUCCCACUUUAUAGCAAAGCCAUAAGGCUUAUGGGGGCCGCUAUCACUGUCUUAACUUUUUUAAUCAUGGUGGUCGGAAUAGUUUUCGGUAUUAUCGUGUAUAAGCUAUCUAUCCUUUCAGUACUUUAUUCUAAAAGAGACAAGAUUAUUCGCCAAAAUGCCAGAUUAACCACAAAUAUAACUUCAGCCGCUAUCAACCUUAUAGCCAUCCUUUUGCUCAAUAAAGUUUACUCAAAAAUAGCAACCAUUUUGACUAACAUAGAAUGUCCCCGAACGAGUACAGAUUAUGAAGACAGUUAUACUAUUAAGAUGUUUCUUUUCCAAUUCAUCAACUACUACUCGUCUCUGAUAUACAUUGCUUUUUUCAAAGGAAGAUAUGGAGAUCCUACUGGAGACAACAAGAUAUUUGGAUUUAGACAAGACCCGUGCGAACCAGCAGGAUGUAUGGCCGAGCUUUUUAUCCAAUUCGCAGUCAUUAUGAUUGGGCAACAAAUGUACGACACUAUACAGGAAAUAUUUCUUCCCGUAAUAUCAAAUUGGUGGCGACGCCGUUCAUUUAACAAAAGCUUAUCAUCCUCCCGUCUCAGGCUCCCAGACGCGGACAAUAAUCCCGCAAACGAAAAUGACAACAGUGCGAUAUCAGAUAAUCUUAAUGAAAGUGUUAAAUAUACGCCUGGUGUGGCAAACAACGCUAAUGCGAAGGAUAAAAUCAAUGGAGAGCUCGACAAGGGCAUACCCCAAUAUCAAUACGAUUACAAUUUGGAAAACCCGGGUCCUAUGGGAUUGUUCAAUGAAUAUUUGGAGAUGGGUAUACAAUUUGGUUUCACGACAAUGUUCGUAGCUGCUUUUCCCUUAGCUCCCCUUUUCUCGCUUAUCAAUAACAUUAUAGAGAUUCGGCUCGACGCUUUCAAAUUCGUUACUCAAUUCAGGAGAAGCAUAGCUCUUCGGGCCCAAGAUAUAGGUGUUUGGUACGAUAUAAUAAACGUCAUUACUAAAUUCGCCGUAAUUACCAAUGCCAUGAUUAUAGCGUUUACUUCCGACUUUAUCCCCAUGAUGGUUUACAAAUACCAUUUUUCGAAAUAUGACACCACAGCUCAAAACAAUAUUCUAUACAACGAAUCCAAUUAUAAUAAAUACACCCUCGUAGGUUACAUGAACCAAAGUCUGUCCGUCUUUAAUUUGUCCUUCCUUAAGCCACCUUUAAGAAGUAUCGAUGGAAUCUUCAGUGGAAGUUAUAGCUAUGCCAACAAGGAAAAUAUUACCGUCUGUAGAUAUCGAGACUAUAGAAUUGCCGUUCCGCCUUUCAAUCUGAGCUACAAGUAUUGGGUUAUAUUAGUUACCAGAUUGGCCUUUAUUAUCAUUUUUGAGCAUUUAGUGUUCCUCAUGACCGAGAUAAUAGCUUACCUAAUACCCGAUAUGCCCUAUAUUCUCAAAAUACAUUUGGCUAGGCAACGACUCUUACUCAGGGGAGCUUUGUACGAGUACGAUAUCAAUUCUCCGCUGAUUACCCCAGAACCAGAUAUACCCAAUUCUCGAGCCGAAAGUGUUGCCAGAGAAAAUGAACGGGAGAUAAAUGCUGGUGGUUUGGACGUAAAAAAUAUCGAAAAUAUCGAUCCCAAAAACUUGGAGGGUGCGCGAGACAAAAGUGUAGUAGUCGAGAAGGUGUCUGACCAUGAUUCGCCAACUAAUUUUAAUGAAUUUCAAAGCGGUACGAUGAAUGAGAAUACUACCCCCGCCAAUCUUGAUCAAAAAAAUGAUGUAAUUCGAAUAAAAGCUGACGAUGAACUCGGCGAGUCCCGCUCAAAAGAUUUACUCGAAAAUAAAAUAUCGAAAAAUUUUGACGAAUUCCGAAUUGGCAAGACUGCCAAGUCUGAAGGAGAAAAUCGUUCGUCGCGAAAGAGUAUGGACGCUAAAUAUGGUUGGUCUCGCAUCGUGUUAUCUGGAAAGAGAAGAUUUACAUCUCCGAUAGAGAGAGAUGCUUCCAUUCCAAAGAUAACUUGGUUUUAG